AAGAUAAUUAUCGGGCUAUUAGAUACUAAUUAAUUGUAAUUUAGAACGGAGAUUAGGUUUAUUGGUUAGAUUAAUUUGCCACUAAACAAUUUCGGCUGCUUUAUGUUUUUUUAGGGGAAAAAAGCAGCUCGAAUUCCAGAGAGAGAAAGGCUUUUGGGAAAUUAUUAAAGAGGAGAUUAAUCUCCUCCAUUUGAUUCUUCUCGAAGAUUACCAGAGGAGGCUCUCGGGUUCGAUCUUACUCCGAGGAGUGGUAGCUCAGAUGGAAAUUUUUGGAUAUUGUUAGUGUUGCCGAAGAGUUGGUAUUUCGGUAAUCAGUCUGCAGUCGGUGCCGCAGUCGAUGCAGAGCGUGCGGUUAGCCUACACGGCCGACGGCACGGCGAUCUACAAGCCAGUGACCAGUUCAUCUCCUGCUCCUCCUCCUCAACCUCCUCCUACUUAUCAAGGUGGAGGAGGGAGCCCUGGAGCAGCUGAUGCUGCUUCCGCAUCUCUAGCAACACACAGCCUGAACAUGAACAUGGGAGAACCCGUCAAGAGGAAGCGCGGCCGGCCGAGGAAGUAUGGAGCUGCCGGCCUUGCCUUGACCUCCUUAUCAAUGGCUGGCCCAUUGUCUCCUUCUGGGAUGGCCAACAUAGCACCCUUGAGCUCAACCGAUGGUGUGAAGAAACGUGGCCGGCCACCAGGUUCUAGCAAUAAGCUGAAGAUGAAUACUCUCGGACCAGCAGGAACUUCAUUUACUCCUCAUGUUAUUACAGUAAUGGAAGGAGAGGAUGUAUCUUCGAAAAUUAUGUCAUUUUCUCAGCAAGGAUCGCGUGCCGUCUGCGUUCUUUCAGCCAACGGUGCUGUAUCUAAUGUAACUCUUCGCCAACUGGCAACUUCUGGGGGUAAUGUAACUUACGAGGGUAAGUUUGAGAUCUUGUCAUUGUCGGGUUCGUUUAUGCUGUCGGAAAAUGGCGGGAAGCAGAGUCAAACAGGUGGAUUGAACAUCUCACUAGCUGGACCUGACGGGCACAUUUUAGGUGGGGGAGUAGCAGGGCUUUUACUGGCAGCAUCGCCGGUUCAGGUAGUUGCGGGGAGCUUCAUACCGGACCGGAAAAAAGAUUCGAAACAGACUAAUCUUGGAGAACCUGAUUCCACCUCAGGAAAACUUGUCGGCGGUGGGAUGACCGGAGCAAGCAGCCUGCUGCCGCAUGGUGCAUUGAGUGAAUCCUCCGGCGGCCCUGGGAGCCCACUCAACCAGACUGUUGGCGCUUGCAAUAACAUCAAUCCACACGGUGUCUCGACCAUACCUUGGAAAUAACUUGUCGUGCCCAUUUUGUUACUAUCGAAAAAUAAUUAUCUUUUGAUCAAGAGGAACAAGGGGAAGACAUUGAUAAAGACGAGCUGUUGCUUAAAUAUGGUCCUUCUAGUCUCGGGCUAGCAUCAUAAUCUUAAGUUGUAUCAAUUAUAAAAUAUCAUGUUGUAUCGAUGUGUUCAUCUUAAAUAGUUGAGACAAACAUGAUUUAACUCAUUCAUAAUGAUGAAUCAUUAUUUCUCUGUCUAA